CGCCUUAGAUACAGGAAGUAGAACCAAAACAAAGGAGCGGCAGCCCGGAGCGGAUUUGUCUGGGCUGGUCUCGCGGCAGCCUCGUCCUGGCCCUGGCUGCCGACCUCCCUGCAGCCGACCCACCAUGUCCAACAUGGAGAAACACCUGUUCAACCUCAAGUUCGCAGCCAAAGAACUGAGCAGGAGUGCCAAAAAAUGUGAUAAGGAGGAGAAGGCCGAAAAGGCCAAAAUCAAAAAGGCCAUUCAGAAGAGCAACAUGGAAGUGGCCAGGAUUCACGCCGAAAAUGCCAUCCGCCAGAAGAACCAGGCCGUGAAUUUCUUGAGAAUGAGUGCGCGGGUGGAUGCGGUGGCUGCCAGAGUCCAGACUGCGGUGACGAUGGGCAAAGUGACCAAGUCCAUGGCCGGUGUGGUUAAGUCGAUGGAUGCGACGUUGAAGACCAUGAAUCUGGAGAAGAUCUCUGCUCUGAUGGACAAAUUCGAGCACCAGUUUGAGACACUGGACGUCCAGACACAGCAAAUGGAAGACACGAUGAGCAGCACGACGACUCUGACCACUCCCCAGAGCCAAGUGGAUAUGCUGCUCCAGGAAAUGGCAGACGAGGCGGGCCUCGACCUCAACUUGGAGCUGCCGCAGGGCCAGACCGGCUCCGUGGGCACCAGCGUAGCCUCGGCCGAGCAGGAUGAACUGUCCCAGAGACUGGCCCGCCUUCGGGAUCAAGUCUGAUGGCAGAACUGGCCCGAGGUUUCCUUUUGCCAUGCUCUCUGUAAAUGAGAGAGAUGCCCUAGAAUCCUGCCAGAACGCCAGCACGCCCUUUCUACCUUUGGGUUUACAGCCUUCUCCAGAUAGGUUAAGAAAUUCCAGUCUUUCUCUGCUCUUAACUGGAUUUUAAAGCUCUUGUAUAGCUUGUGAUUAUGCGUAUUUUUAUAGUCGCCUUUUAAUAGAACUGGUUAAUUUGCUCUAUACGAAUCUCAAAAAUUUGGGCAGAACUCUGGACCUCGUGUAUUCAGUUUUCCACUUAGAAUUAUCAGAUUGAAGUUUAUUUAUUUUUGUGUGGGUGAUGAUACGUAGACAGGAGGCGAAAUGAAUGAUUACUUACCUUGGUUACAAAUACAUAAACACUUUGUUAACGUCUUCUGUGGGCAGUGCGUUUUCUGUAUAUCCUUUCUUUUUCUUGGGUUUUGCCAUCAAAAAGACUGCAAUUGACUAUUAAUUUAUUCUCAUAUUAUACUAAAGUUACCUUAAAAUAUUUUUGCAAAAUAUUCUUACUGUUUCUGUUCUGUUUGCUCAGAACAGAAUGUAAUGGAGUUUGUGUAACUGCAGAAAAUGCCACAUAACUUAUCAGGAAAAAUUAAAUUUGUUCAUUUAUAGUCUGUUUACUAAGAGUUCUUAAUACUUAAAGACUUACUGUGAUAAUUUCUAGUUGUUUUCUAUUGAAAGUCAACACUUUAGACUUCUGAUCAAAGUAUGUCGAUCAACAAGACACAGCCCUGUUACACGCCCAAUAUUGCCAAAGAACUGUUGACUCCUCUGGGUAAACCCUGGGACUGUGUAUUUAUAGGUUUUGUUUUGAUUUUUACAAUCAAAAAUAGAAAUAAAAUUAGAGCAGCAUUUUAAAUUCUAAUUAUUUGUAUGUUGAUGUAUUAUUUUACCUUAACUCUUCUUUUUUAGACCUCAAAUAGCAUCAGUUAGAGUGUUGUAGCUUUGCAAAGCUUAAAUGUAUGGUCAGCCAGCUAGAAAUCUGGGAGGAAGCAAUGAGUUGUUAGAAAGAGACGGAACCUGGAGACCCGCUGUAUCAUUUUCCCAGGGAUGGCAGGGUAGUACCUGAAACCAGAGCAGAGCAAGUAGCCACCUCUUUCUCCUGGCCUCAAAGCUGACAAGUUAAAUAUUUACAGUCGGUUUUGUUCUUGUUUGAUUUUUUAAUUCUCUCUUUUCUGCAUUGGAAGUUUUUUUCCAUUAAGAGAAUUGCAGUGUCUCAGAAAACAAUUAUAGGGCCUUAGCAAAACUCUUUGAAAAAUUCAUCAUUCUAAUGUGGUUUCCCAUGUAAAUGAGUAACAGUGCAGGUGUACACAGAUGACUGCUGGCCCUCGUAGUUGAGAUUUUUAUGUAGUAGUAUUCACAAGUCUGCUGUACGAGAUACCUUUAACUGCUCAGUAUCUUCUCUCAAAGGCCCUCUAGCUGGCUACGUGUCCUCUCAUCCACACAGUUGUGCUGGUCGGGCUUGUAUGACUGCAGGAAGUUUCCUAACCCCUCUUUUAGACCGAAAAAACUGGAUCAUAACAACUUAAAGAAUCACUCAGUGAAUCUGGGUACGGUGGCACACACCUUUAAUCCCAGCACUCAGAAGGCAGAGGCAGGUGAGGUCUAGGCCCUCCUCCUCCUGGUCUGCAUAGUGAGUUCUGGGCCUGGGUUAGGGAAACCCUGUCAAAAAAAAAAAUAGCUUGGUGUUGAAUCCUUGGUAAAUUGAAGACCCUUGUAUAAUGCAUAUGUUCCCAUCAAAAUAUAUUUUGUGAGGUUGAACAAUGCUGUAUAUGCUUAAACUUUCUUAAGAUAUGUUCAUUUCAUACUACAUGAAUGUACAUUUUUAUAAAUCAUAAAUAUUAUUUUCAAAAGCACUAUAGGCCCAUGAAUUAUUUCUUCACUUUUGGAACUGAUACAAUUUUGAAAUGUAAAUUUUAAAAAAUUAAUAAAUAAUUUUUACACUGUA